AUGUCCGGAACAUUUCAGACGCAGAUAAUGCUGUCUCGGCCUUAUCUGACUCGAGCUCAAAUAAAGAGAGCGCAACAGAAUACAAUACCGGAUCGGCGAGUUUAUAAUCAAAAACGACUGUCGGUGUUCAAGCUCCUAUGUGAUAUGUGUGUCCAAUUCAAAUUUCCUCGGAAAACGCUGGAAACAGCAAUGUAUUUUUACCAGCGAUAUUACCUUUUUAACAAAUUUGAGACAGAGCUAUGUUACGAUGUGGCAACCAGCUGCUUGUUCUUGAGUUGCAAACAAGUGGAGACAAUUAAGAAAAUAACAGACGUGGCCACACUAUCAUUGCGGCUGCGCAACGUGCAGAAACUGUCACCUGAAGUGGUAGACAAUUGCAAAAAACGCAUAGUACAACUUGAACUUCGAAUUUUAGAAACUUGUUGUUUUGACUACAGAGUUAACAACUCCGUCCACAUUGACGAUAUAUUAGUGAAGAUUGCUAAAGAUUUAUCACUUGACCGUGAGGUUGCACAUUUGGCAUGGCUGAUAGCUUUUGACGCCCUAAAACUCGAAAUUUUACUAAUGGUCCCCCAACACACAAUUGCCUUGGCGGUGCUUAAAGUCGCCUGCGAGCUGACAGAGGGGACUUCUUGGCCCAAUAUUAGGUACUCGCUAUUUGAAAGUGACGAGCCUUCAGUAAGUGAGGCAUACUUCGACAUACUGAAUUUUUUCAUAAACGUUUUCGACCUCUCUGAUUUAAGAAAUAACUUGACGGAGAACCUACGACAUAUUGGCAUAGAAACGUUCAUCGAGUUGAAAAAGCAGGCCGGUUUGGAGCGCGGUUUAAAAGAACCAGAGAACAUACUCUCCGAUGAACUUCUCUGCGGGGAAAGGGACUUCACUAUACGAGAAAGGAGAUACGUGCUGACCAGAAAAAGAAUAAAUGACGAAAGAUCGAGUAAGCAUCCAUACAAAAGAGAAAAGGUAUGA